AUGGCCAACAGACCAUCCAUCAUGCCACCUCAUAAUGAGACUGAGCACUCAGUUAGCCGGAUCACUCGUGAAGGCAAACAGCUCACGUACAAAUUGAGCGUGAUGCAACAACCAGAGCGGGCAAGAGCGUGCGGCGCGGGAGCGAAGUCAUCUGCCGACCGUCGCCCUGUUGACCCACCGCCUGUGGUCGAGCUACGCAUCUUCGAGUCCGACCCGGCUAAUGAUACGCAAAAGACCGAUAUCACUUUCGCCUACAAUGCCAAUUUCUUCCUCUAUGCAACCCUUGACACCGCACGACCUAUCGCCCAUGGACGGGUGGGUGGACCGCAGUCUUGCCCCGUAUUAACCGGUGUGCCAGUCGCCGGUGUCGCAUAUCUCGACCGCCCCUCACAAGCAGGCUAUUUCAUCUUCCCAGAUCUGUCAGUGCGUCAUGAGGGCAGGUACCGCUUGAACUUCCACCUGUACGAAGAGAUCAAGGACGCCAAAGAUGCCGACAAGGAUUCGACUUUGCCUCUUCCCAACCAAAUACCCCUUUCCGCUACAUCAAAGCCGGGCACCCCGCAAGCAUUUCUUCAUUUCCGUCUCGAGGUCAAGUCGGUACCUUUUACCGUUUAUAGCGCCAAGAAGUUCCCUGGCCUAGCGACCAGCACCUCUCUGAGCCGUAUCAUUGCUGAGCAGGGUUGCCGUGUUCGUAUUCGUCGUGAUGUUCGCAUGAGACGCCGGGGCGAUAAGCGGGAUGAGGACUAUGAAUUCGGCGAGGAACGCGCAGCUGCGUAUGCAAGAUCGUCAGAUCGUUUCACGACACCUGACAGAUACGCAGCUUCGAUGGAUCGCCCUAGGUCAAACAGCAAUGGCAGCAAUAUGGAAUCGCCCUACGGGUUUGUUCCCCCAGAUCGACGACCAUCUGCACCCGACUAUGGCUUCCAGUGCCCACAACCAUAUCAAAGACCCAUGCCUCCUGCACCCAUGUCACACUCCCAGACACCCUCAUACCAAUCGCACCUUUCGUUUGGCUCCACGCCUUCGCAUUAUCCGGCUCCUCACAUGCCUCCUACACCCCCACCGCCGCAAGGUAUUUACUCCCCACAGCACGCAUAUGCCCAGAUACGACACCCAUCCAACGCCUCUGAAUACGAAGGAACACCCAUUGCAUAUCCGGCCCCUCAAAUACCUGCCGAGCGAGGUGGUUACCCCAAGCCUCCUAUGAAUUCAUAUGGCAUGGAGCCACCGAAAUCAAACUCAUACAUGGAUCGCAUGGCUGAGCCAUCUUUAUACCCAUCCACGCCCAAUGUUCCGGUGUCACGUUCUCAAACACCGGUCCCGGCCAUCCCGCCUGCCAAGCCCCUACCAAAUGAAUAUGCCAACCAUAUUGUUCCUUCGGUGGAAUGCACUUCACCCGGAGGCGGGGGCGGAUACGACAACGUUAGAGGGAAGCGUAUGGUAUACCAAACUGGGCCCACAUACGGCAAAAGGAGUCAUGAAGAUACUUUCGGUCUUGAUGACCGGUCAAUGCAGAACGGCAUGCGGCCUGAUACCGAGCCUUAUCCCGCGUAUCGCGAUUUCGCGGGAGAAAGUCGGGCUGCACUUAUGGCUGAAAUGGGUAUUCAGUUGUCCUACAAGCGUGCCAACGGUAAAAUGGUCAUGAAGGCUCCUCCAUCGAGUUCAUAG